GUUAUAGUAUUACCAUUGGUCUACUAUGAUGUGCCAAAAGCUGAAACUUGUGAUCCGUUUUUUGCUGACCAUGCACUUGAUCAGUGAAUCAAUUUCUCUGGUCGAGCUUAAGAACAUAAAGUGUGAAUCAUUGGAUGAGGAAUUUAGCACUUUUGACUAUUGCUAUUUGAAAUCUGUGAACCGUUCAUACAAGUAUUUUUCGCUCAGAGUCAAAUUGUUAAAACUCCCAGUAACCAAUGCCAAGGUUAAUGGUGCACUCUACCAACGACUCAAUGGAUAUAAGCCCUUUUUAUACAACAUAACGGUGGAUGCCUGUAAAUUCUUCAAGAAUCAGAAGUCAAAUCCCAUUGCCAGUUACUUUUACGAUGCUUUUAAAGGAUAUUCAAACCUAAAUCACUCCUGUCCCUACAACCAUGAUCUUGUGCUGGAUAAACUUACUGCGGAGUCUUUAAAUCAUCAUUUCACUAAAAUUCUACCUUUUCCACAGGCAGAGUACAUGGUGCACAUGAACUGGAUUGCCUAUAAUAUUAACCGAGCUGUCUUUAAAAUAUAUUUUGCAUUAACGUAAAUUAAAUUAGCUAUGGGGGCUAUCAGUACUUUUCAUGAAGAAUUUAUAUGCAAACAGCGUGGCGAGUUUCAGUCAAUUGCUCAUAAAGAAAACCAAGUUGGUCAAGAACUAAAUAUUUUGAUAUUGUCCAUCAAAACUGUUUUUAAACAUCAAUGUUCUAAUUUAAAAAGUGGACUUGGAUACAAAGAAUAAAAAUUCUGAAUGAGCAUUAAUUAGUAGUUGGUAAUU